CCCAAACUCACAAGCAGCGCGACCUCUCUACCCAACUAUAACUCAGCAUUUCCGCCGAGCCCGCUAGAAUGUCGCAGGCGCAGGAGCCCGCUGCUUCGCAGCACCAGUCGCAGAACCCCGUCGUCUCCGCGCCGCAGUCUCAGCAGCAGCCCACGGACGCGCCCAAGGUGCUGGCGGGCGGCAACGUCGACCCCACCAACCCGCUGGCGGGCGGACACGCUGGGCUGGAGAACCCCGAGGCUGCCAAGAAGGCCGAGGACAUGGGCGCCACCAUCCCCAGCCAGGGCCCGCCGCCGGAGCUUUCCGCCGAGACCGCCAGCGGCGGCACCCAGUCGGGCACCCAGCCGGGAACCCAGUCGGGAACCCAGUCGGGCGCCGGGGGACCUGCGGAGGCGACCCUCGCCGCUGCCGCCCCCACCGAGACGGCGCAGGAGACCGGGACGCAGCCCGCUCCCGGCAGCCAGGCGUAAGGCGUAUGGACAUGCGUGUGCAUAUGCCGUGGCACUCUUGCACCGGCGCUGAUUGAUGCGCGAUGUGUGCCCGCCGCGCCCUGCCGCGCCUUGUCGUGGGGAUGAGAUGAGCGGCAUGUCUGCUUGAUCGUGACGAGGGCAGGUUGCGCGGUGAGCGACUGAAAGUGCAAAGCAGUUUGUAUACGUCUACGCGCGCAUGUGCCAAAGCGCUAAUGCGGCUUGGGGUUGCGGGGGCUGAGGCCUAGGCCCUUAUGCGUGCGGUGCAUGCCACGGCAAGAAGACCUCUGACC